AUAUUUAUCCGACAUCUCUAUAUUAUAGUUUAUUUAUAUAGCACGCGUUUCAAAAAUUGCAUUGUUUAAAAGAAAUUGUUGGCGUUUUCGUUGUUGCAAUACCGGUUUGGAAUAUUUUUUUGUGGACCGAGCCGCUUUCUCUUAUUCCAACAAUCUAUACCGGCUUAUGCGUACAAGUAGGCUUCUUUGGAGUUUGCUCCCAUUUUAAAAAGUAUCAUGGUGAUGACACUAUACAAGCUGGACGCGAGUCCACCUGCCCGAGCGGUGAUGAUGGUCAUCGAGGCGUUGAAAAUACCCGACGUCGAAUACAUUGACGUGAAUCUGUUGGAAGGAAGUCAUCUCAGCGAGGAAUUCACCAAGAUGAAUCCACAACACACUGUGCCGCUACUGAAAGAUGAUGACUUUCUUGUAUGGGACAGCCACGCCAUAGCUGGUUAUCUAGUCAGCAAAUACGGAGCAGACGAUUCCCUAUAUCCAACUGAUCCGAAGAAGAGAGCAAUCGUCGAUCAACGACUGCAUUUCGACAGCGGCAUAUUAUUCCCAGCACUACGUGGAAGUCUUGAGCCAGUAAUAUUCUGGGGUGAAACAGCCUUCAGACCUGAAUGCUUGGAGAAGGUGAGGAAGGGAUAUGAUUUCGCUGAGAAGUUCCUCACGUCCACCUGGAUGGCCGGCGAGGAAUUCACCGUCGCCGACAUAUGCUGCGUCGCUAGUAUCAGCACUAUGAAUGAUAUCAUUGUCCCCAUUGAUGAAAACACAUACCCGAAGCUGUCAGCUUGGUUGGAACGGUGUUCCCAGCUUGAUGUUUAUAAGAAGAAAAACGCACCGGGCAACGCAUUAUGCAAAGAUCUCGUAGCAAGCAAAUUGUCCUGAAGAGAGAAAAUGCAAAAAUGAAGCCUUACAGUACAAAAUAUAAGACACUAUUCACAAAAAUAUUGGUAGGAAAUAGAAAGAAAAAUAUCGAAGCAAAAAAAAAUCACAUGAAGUAAAUAUUGUAAGCACUUGAAUUUCAAUUUUGUUGCAUUAACAUUACGACGCACAUUCAAAAAACUCGAGAUGCUGUUUAUAUGUUUUUCGCACAACUAUUUCAAUUGGAAUUUGAUGCUAAAGUAAAAUGAUAAUAAUGUAUUGUUAAAAUACUUAUAUUAAAGUAUUAUUAAACAUACACAA